AGGAAUAUUUCGAUUUAAGAUAAUCAAGAGCAAUGUCAUUGCUAGGCGACCAGCUCAGACGAUUUUCCGUCAAUCAUAACCGUUGGUCCUGUUUUUAAACCAACCGGCGGUGUCCAGUAAGCUCAUCUYUGGGAGUCUAGGCGGMAGUCCAUAUGCUCUAUUAUUCUUAUUUGUGGGCGUCUCUAAACUGCAGCAAAUCAAAGUAAAUCGAUUCACAGCCAGUAUYACUGAUCAAAGAACCUCUCGAUCUCCCAAGGCAAACUGAAAAACGACCGGUGUACAGCUGUUUUAAGACUGCCUCAAUAUUCGCAAAGAAGUGGAUCAACCGGCGUGAAUUUUUGGUAUAGAGAUAGUAUAGCAAUGAGUAYGAAGUAUCAGAGUGUCCCAAAUACUAGUGGUAAUGAUACAGAUACUGAAGACCCAGAUUCAUGCCAUGAACAAGMAAGCUCCGAGAGUAAGAGCAGCUCUUGUCAUGCAGCAUGGAACCUGUUCAACAUGGUAGAGGGAACGGGAAUUCUUGGUUUACCAUAUGCUGUCAAAGAAGGGGGAGUUGUAGUAUUGGUGGGAUUGGCGCUAUUAGCCAUCAUAUCAAACUACACMGGUCAAAUUAUUAUAACUUGUCUUUAUGAAACUAAAAAAGAAACCUGCGACAAGGAUGUCACUGAAGGAGAAAACGCCGUCAAAAAACCGAUACGUGUACGUAAGACGUAUGAGGACAUUGGMCACGCUUGCUUUCCACGUUUUGGUGGUAAGAUUGUAGUUGUGGUUCAAAUUCUUGAGCUUAUGUUUGUGUCUACGCUUUAUUUGGUGCUAAGUGGUACACUUCUCAUUCACACCUUCCCAAGUUAUCCGAUAAGUGAACGAGGAUGGAUUGCCAUUAGCACUCUGGUUGUAUUGCCAACAGUAUUUCUUCAGCACCUUUCACAUGUGGCAUGGUUUAGUUUGUUUAGUGCAGUAGCUCUCUUAUCAACAAUAACAGCUGUUACCGUAUUUGGGAUUCAUGUUAGUGAUCGAUGGGAUAUUGAAUCGAUUGAUAUUUGUAAUGUAAAAACGUUUCCAGUAGGAAUUGGGAUCGUUCUCUUUAGCUAUGCCGCGCAUCCUUUAUUACCAGGUAUCGAAGAAAGCUUAAAAAACAAAUCCAAAUUUCCAUUGAUCAUGAACGUGACUUUCUUCGUUGCGGCUGUCACCAAGAUACUCUUCUCCAUGACGGCAUAUCUAUCAUUUUCAGCCAAAACCCAAGAAGUAAUCACGAACAAUCUCCCUACAGGUGUAUUCCGCACGACGGGGUGUGUUCUGCUGGUGAUCAAUGUGCUGUUUUCCUACGCAUUUCCUAUGUUUACAGUAAUUCAUUGUAUUACGACAUCCGUUCUAUCUAAAUGCUGCCUAACUGAUUCCAAUAAUUACCAAAUAUGUUUUCUCAUCCUCUUACGUGUAGGUUUAGUAAUGAUAACGUUAGUUUCAGCCCUACUAAUUCCUCAUUUUGCCCUUUUAAUGUCAUUCAUAGGAAAUUUUACAGGGACAUUUCUAAUUUUUGUGUUUCCUGCACUUUUCCAUUUAACGUUAUUUAAAAGGGAACUAAAGCUCUGGCAGAUUGCAUUCGAUGUUAGCAUAAUCGUAUUUGGAAUCUCGGCGGGAAUCGUAGGAAUCUACACAUCAGGCUACACUCUCAUCAAGGCGUAUAUCGAUUAGCAAUACUCCGGCGAUAAUAAUAACUUGAAUAAAGGGCAUAAAAAUAGGCAGUGAUCUAGGCAAUCCAUAAAAAUAGGCAGUGAUCUAGGCAAUCCAUAAAAAUUCCAGUUGAAAACGACAAAAUCAAUUGCGGUUUUCACAGACGCCUUACUAUAAUAGUACGGGUACUCCUAAAUUGGGUAGUAUUUGAAAUAUUACAUAUCAGUUCUUCAAUCAUAACUUUUAGGAUGAUAAGAUGUGCAGAGGCUCAUCAUUAGUCUAGCUGUGUAAAAGGAAAUUGAAACGAUGCUUUGUAAUAAGGAUCUAGGCGUCGUGUGUAAUAUAAUUAGAUACUUACUUGAUAAGCUGAAAUAAAGGUGUUUAUUGGA